UAACUGGUAAAGUGUCAGGCUUUGCAGCUAGAGAAGAACUGCACGAACAUGUUACCGCUCUCUCUGUCACGCCAGAAUUUCAACGGCUGGGUUUGACUGCGAAAUCGAUGGAACUACUGGAAGAAAUUUCAGAAAAAAAGGGUGGGUUUUUCAUCGAUCUCUUUGCGAAAGUAUCAAAUCAGGUUGCGGUAAAUACGUAUCAGCAACUAGGCUACAGCGCGUACCAGACAGUAUUAGAGUACCAGUCCGCUAGCAGCGGAGAGCCAGGCAAAGGUGCUUACGAUUUGAGAAAAGCUUUUUCCAGAUACAUGGACAAGAAAUCAGUUAUACCUCUGCUUCAUCCCGUGCGACCAGAGGACAUUAAUC